AUGGCCCCACUCGAACUUAAAGGCAACAGCUUCGACCUUGCCAUAGCGCAAGCCAAUCUGCCUGCCAACGCAUCGGACACCAAUUAUAUCUUGGUGGAAUUCAACGCACCACUCGGACAUGACGAAUACGAGAAGAUGGGAAAAUAUCAAUUGACUGUCGAAGAGUAUGUUGGCAAAGACACAUAUCUCUGCCGCUAUGAGCCUACCGAUCUCAACAAACUCAAGGAAUUGACAUUCGUCAAGACUUUCACUAUAUAUCCGGCUAAGGUCAAGGUCUCGCCAGAAUUGCAGCAGGCUGUCUCUACCCAGACGGGAAACCAGCGAAUCCAGAUCCACUUGCAUGAGGGGAAAGAAGGCGAUGCUCAAAAGGUUAUCGAACAGAUCAAGACAAAGACUAAACCUGUAACAGUUCACUCGUCGAACGUCGUUCUCGUUUCUCUCACUGUCGACAUCAAGUCUGUUCCCAGUAUCGCCGCUAUAGAUGGAGUUCGAUCGAUUGGCAUCGACCUACCUGAGAAGCCUCUCAACACCUUGGCUAGAGGGAUCAUGAAUUGUCCUCCGAUAGUUCCUUCAGUCGAACGGCCUAAUGAUCCUGUCCUAGAUGGUGCUGGCCAAAUCAUUACAGUUGCAGACACCGGCUUUGACAAGGGGAAUAUCAGAGGUGAUGUUCAUCCUGCGUUCCAGGAUCGGGUGAGGAAAAUCUUUUCUAUUGGAAGAAAAGGACCACAAAAUGGUGUCGACCCUGAAGGAAUAGAGUUGGGGCUUAAAAAUGAUACUAUCGGUCAUGGCACACAUGUGAGCGCUUCUGCCGUGGGCAAGGGUGACUCGGCCGAGACAGGACUCAACACUGGCACAGCACCAGGAGCAGAACUCAUCGUUCACUCUCUCUGGGACCCUGUUAAAAAAUCAUUGGAAUUCAGCACUCGCUCAAAUCUUCUAGAGAUAGCCUUCCGGGAGGGCUCGUACGUACACAGCUACUCCAUCGGCAAUGAAGUGCAGGAGGAAUACGAUGCGACUACAGUCGACGUCGAUCGGAAGCUCUAUCUCAACCAGAAACUACUCUUUUGUCAAGCAGCAGGAAAUGAAGGGGACGACACUUACGUCGAUAAUGCUGGGGUUACUAAGAAGUACGUCAUUGCUGCAGUUGCCAACCAGAAAAAUGGUAUCACAGUCGGCGCAUCCUACAACAAUCGCCGAAUAAGUGGCCUCAGUACCACCGACAAAGGUGGCAAGAUGGGCAAUCCACAUGACAUUGGAAGCUUCAGCAAUCCAGGCCGAGCCGGAGCCGCGAGACUCAAACCCGACGUGGUCGCUCCAGGCGUGGGAAUACUCUCCGCCGCAAGCCGAGACCCAGAAUUCCAAGCCAAAGCCGCCGGCACGAAGAAAUGGCUGGGGCUGGUCAACGUGCCUGGUACCGACCCGAUCGACGAAUUCGGCAAAGCGCCCAACAGUCUCUAUUGCUUUUCGAGCGGGACAAGCAUGGCGACGCCCCAAGUGGCCGGAUGCGCAGCCGUGCUCCGGCAGGCAUUGAUCCGACGCGAUGGCACCGCUGGCUACCAGCCUAACGCAUCGCUAGUGAAGGCGCUGCUAAUCCAUGGCGCGACCGACAUCUCCGAUGGAACCUAUCAAAAGAAAGCCAUUCCCAAAGGCCCCAACAACAUCCAAGGUAACGGCCUUGUAAACAUGCAGCGCUCUCUCCUCCCGGUCCUCGAUGACCGCAUUGACCGCAACAAUUGGACUGGUAUGUGGGAAGACAGUAUCCGUCAACGUGGAAUUCCCGCUACACGUACCAGUCAGACUCCCAAUGAAGCCGCAGGAACCUUCUACGACAUUGAUUUCACCCUGGUCUUUACGGACGCGCCGGGCUUGAACCUGCAGACUCGUCUUGACUACUAUGUGAGUCUGCAAAGCAGACCUAUCAAGAUCUUCAAUUCACCGGAUAGAGAGGACAAUGUUCUCAGACUACGCGUUGAGAAUGUUGAGGCGGCUACGAACUUUUCGAUUACUGUCAAUGCGCAGAGGCUCUUUCUAGCCGCUGCACAGCCUUUUUCGAUGGUUUGGACGGUGACGAGGAAGUGA